AGUCUCCGUGCGCAUAUGUCGGCGGCUGUCGUCGUUACUGGUUAUCAGUCGUCGUCACUCGUCGUUCGCCGGUGUAACGGUUUUGCGCACAACACGGCUGGUGCGGCCGUUCGCGUGACGUUAUCCCCCCGACGACUGUCCCGAUCCUGUUUUGUUAUUGUUUUAUUUUAUCGUUUAUCGCGUUUCGUGCGAAAUACGUUAAAAAAAUCAAAUAAUAUAUCGUUUGUCCGUCCGCCGUUAAGUUGAUAUUAUCGUUUAUUGUUAUUGUAGCACAAUAUUGUUGUAACAGUCGUCGGUCGUUACGCGUAUCGCACCUUUGUAUCGUUAUCUUUCGCCCCCCUCCCUCACACAUACACACACAUUUAUACGCACACACGGCCCCUAACUCGGUCGUCGUGCCCGCCUUUUGGUCGUCGUCUGGAAAAUUGACCGUAAGAAGUCAACAUGCAAGUUGAAGAACCUUUGUUCGAGGGCGUAAACUUGAAGCUGGCCAUGGACAUCAAGAUCAAGCGUACCGACGGUCGUAUUCAUAAAGCGGUUGUGUCUAGGAUGAAUCCAGAUACAAGAAGCAUUUCAGUGGAAUGGCUUGAAAAUGGAGAAACAAAAGGCAAAGAGAUUGAUUUAGAUGGGAUCUUGGAGUUGAAUCCUCAAUUACGUUCAAAUAUUCCCAGUAUUACUAUGGUUGCUCAAAAUGGUACUAAUAUACCAACAACUAGCAAGUUAGCGAGGUAUUCCACUAAAGCUUCAAUACAAGCAUUUACAAAUAAUAAAGGUUCAUAUAAAGGAACAAAACCAGUUAGUAGGCAAACCAAUCAUUAUUCACCAGCAGUGAAUGGCACUGGAGAAGUUUUAUCAACAACUGUUCCCUGUACACCUUUAAACCCUCCAACCCAAUAUCAACAAAUUCCUGUAUUAAAACCAGCAGAUCCACCACCUCAAACACAACAACUAACUCACUUGUACAGCAAUAAUACAGCAGGAGCAAUCCGUGGCUCAAAUACUACUACAGUAGCAGCAGCCGCAGCUGCUGCUGCUGCAGCUGCCAAAGAUAGACGGAGUAAUGUAGUUAAGGAAGUUGCUAAAUUGAAAAAAAACCGAGAGGAAAGGCGACAACGUCAAGCUGAAUUAAAAGAAGAAAAAGAAGCAUUAAUGAACAUGGACCCUGGUAAUCCAAAUUGGGAGUUUCUUGCUAUGAUUAGAGAUUAUCAAUCUAAUUUAGAUUUUAAACCUUUGAGAGACUCUGAAGUAGUUGAAGAUCAUCAAAUUUCUGUUUGUGUCAGAAAAAGGCCACUUAAUAAAAAAGAAUUAAAUCGGAAAGAAGUUGAUGUUGUUGCAAUUCCAUCUAAAAAUCAGGUUAUUGUUCAUGAACCUAAAAACAAAGUAGAUCUUACAAAAUAUUUAGAAAACCAGCAUUUCCGAUUUGAUUAUGCCUUUGACGAGACUUGCACUAAUGAGACGGUUUAUAAAUAUACUGCAAGACCUCUUGUUAAAACCAUAUUCGAUGGUGGCAUGGCAACAUGCUUUGCUUACGGACAAACCGGAAGUGGUAAGACACAUACUAUGGGUGGAGAUUUCCAUGGGAAAACACAAGACUGUAAAAAAGGCAUUUAUGCUAUGGCUGCUAAAGAUGUUUUCCGUUUUUUGAAUUCGCCUAGUUAUUCGCCAUUAAAUCUGGUUGUUACUGCUAGCUUUUUUGAAAUAUACAGUGGCAAGGUGUUUGACUUGCUGGGUGAUAAAGCCAAGUUAAGAGUACUCGAAGAUGGUAUGCAAAAAGUACAAGUAGUUGGUCUUACUGAAAAAGUAGUUACUACAGUAGAUGAAGUAUUGAAAAUAAUUAAUGACGGCAAUAGUGCUAGGACAUCUGGUCAGACAUCUGCCAAUAGUAACUCUUCAAGGUCUCAUGCCGUUUUCCAAAUUGUAUUGCGUAUACCAGGUUUAAAUCAAAUACAUGGAAAAUUUUCAUUAAUAGAUUUAGCUGGAAAUGAAAGAGGUGCCGACACGUCAUCGGCCAACCGACAAACACGAAUGGAAGGUGCAGAAAUAAAUAAAUCUCUACUUGCACUGAAAGAGUGUAUCCGUGCUUUAGGCAAAAAAGGUUCUCAUUUACCUUUUAGAGCAAGUAAAUUAACACAAGUACUUAAAGAUUCUUUUGUUGGUGAAAAUACUAAGACCUGUAUGAUUGCAAUGAUAAGUCCAGGACUAAGCUCAUGUGAACAUUCUCUGAACACGCUCCGUUACGCUGACCGUGUUAAAGAAUUGGACGCAUCAGAUCCUGCUGCUGGCGAAGUUCAUGCUCCCAUGUAUACUUCACCACCAAGUCGUUCUCCGAAUAUGUCUCGUAAGUUACAGGAUGUCAGUAUGGUUGAUGACGAUUUAGCAGCAUUAAGAUCGCUUAAUGAAGGUGAAUUGUCAGCAGACUUAUACAAUUUCCACGAAGCCGUUUCCCAACUGCAAGAACAAGAAGAUGAAAUGCUAGAUAAACACAAGUCAUUAUUAGAAUCUGGACAGAAAUGGUUACAAAAAGACAAACAGUUGUUGGCAAUGACUAAGAAUGUUGACUACGAUCAAGAUGCGUACUCAUUGCAGCUGCUCAAUUUGCUUCAAACCAAAUUAGCUGCUACUCAAGAUCUAGUUGAAACUGUGCUUGCGUUCAGAAAACAGUUGACGACUGAAGAACAAUUCAGUCAGAACAUAAAUAGAGGCAACCACCGUUAGAGACGGAGUUUUUAUUGUCUUCUAUGUGUAAUCGUUAAGUCUUUGUUUUUGUAAUAAAAAGAAUAUGAUGGAGUAGAAAAUGUGUGAGAAAAUUUCUAUUUUUAUCGUACAUAUACUACUGAUUUUAUGUGAUUUUUUUCGGUGAUGCUACUAUUAAUGACUGACAAAACACUCGUGAAUAGAGAUUGUGUUUGUCGGUUUUUACCUACUUAAUAAUUUACUACAUUGCUUUAAUUAAGUUUUAACCUCAAAGAACUAAAACCUUAUUAUUGUUACAAGCAUCAUACAUUUGUUCUUCUAAUUUUAAAUAUCUUUAGUUAUAUAUAUUUUUAAUUAUAUGUAUUUUUCUUUUAACAAGCA